CCACGGGCCUACCUGCCUACCUGCCGCGCGCCAGUGCCGCCCCGGCCGCCGUCCACGCAGGUUGGUCGCCGCGCGACGCGUCCCUCCGUCCGUCCGUCCGUCCGUCUACGUCUGUUCAUCCGUUCGAUCGCGGACGCGCGCGCGCGCGUGUUUGUGUGUGUGUGUGUGUGUGUUUGUGUACGUGAAGCAACAACCUCUGGAUUACAGUGUUAGUGCCAGUGUGACGCUGAAUGGAUACCUAAUGUUACUUUGUGCUGUGUGGUAGAGUGCACGAUCUCCUGAGGAUACAUUGGAUUUUGGACCCUGCCGUCCGCACCGGGGACUACCUCUGGAUGUGACGACGACUGGCUCCAGCCGCUGCGGCUCCGCUCACCGGAGGCCUUCUCCAGCCCUCCUGGGUCCCUCCGGGUGACCCCCCUCCCCUCCCCCGCACUCCUCCCCGCCAUCAUCACCGUCGUAAUGGCGGCGGAGAGCUCGGCCCGGGCCUGCCCGCGGGCCCGCCGGUGACGCCGCCCGGGGAUGGCGGAGGGAGCAGCACGGCCGACAGGUGAGCUGACCGUGUAGCCGCCGUGGCGUCCAGAUCAAACGGCUGCGCAUCCUAGCGAGGGAGGAGCCGCUAGGCAUGCUCGAAGGCCCGCGCCGCCAUGGGGGCCUCACACUCGCAGGCCCACCAGCUGACCCACCAGCACUCCCCCGGGCCGCCGCAGGGCCACCACCCGGGCCACCCGCAGCAGGGGCCGCGCGCGCACUGGGCGCACUCCUUCCCGCGCGACCUGCGGCGCACGGCCAGCGGCGGGGAUGUCGUCGGCGGCGCGUCGGGCGGCCCCGGCGGCCGGCCGUCCAUGCUGCCCGAGCACUGCAAGGUGCUGCCCGUGCCCCUGGGGCCCGGCACGCGCCUGCACCGCACCGAGAAUGGUGACAUCCUGCACUCGGGCGGCACCAUCAGCGGCCGCCGGCACGCCGCCGAGGACUUCAAGCAGGAUGUGCGGCCGGGGCCAGCGACGGGACUGUACCGCGCGCGUAGCCAGUCGCACCACCGCGAGCGCGAGCGCGACCGGCGCCACCAGGGCGGCUACGGGUCCCGCGGCGGUGGCGGCGGCGGCGGCUACACGAGCGGCGGCGAGGGCGGCAGCAGCCACGGCCUGCCCCGCGGGGGCCACGGCGGCCACGGCGGCGGGAUGGCGCAGUACGGGAGCGAGCCGGACCUGCGGCUGCCCAAGGAGAUGAGGCCGUCGUCCAGGGACCCAUCGAGGGAGCGCGGCGGCCACCGGGACCACCGCGACCACCGGGACAUGCGCGACGACUCGCCCGCCAAGCUGCGGAUCAGCAGGUCCAGGAAGAAGUACAAGGCGCCGGCGCCGCCGCCAGGCACCACCGGGCUGGACAGCUCUUCGCCGGACUCGUACCAGUGGGAGCGGGCGGCCCACGGCGACGGCGGCGACCCCAGAGACCCGCGGGACUCGAGGAUGCCGACGAGGAGGAACCGGCUGUUCAAGACGCGCGCCGAGACCAAGCGCAACAACCAGAACGGGGUGGGCGGCGGGGGCCCGGCGCCCGCGGGGGCGGUCAUGCCCCACCGGGGCCGGAGCAGGGAGUCGCCCUCGGCGUCCCCGCCCUCGACCAGGAGGCCCGCGCUGCAGAGAAGCCUUUCCACGCCCGAGUUCCAGGCGGAGCUUCUGGAGGUGGCGCGCAAGCUGAGGACCAACCUGGGGCCUACGCCCCUGCCUAGUCGCGAGCGGGAGGGUCCCGUCGGUGAGGACCACGCCGACGCCAAGCCCUCCAUGGUGGUGCCGAGGCCUAGUCAUAUCACCAGGGGCAAGUCCGCGGACGCCAUCGGCCGCGUAAACGGGCGGGGCCGAGUCGGCCGGGCGCGCUCCGAGGACAGCAAUCGGCGGGGCGAGGGCUCGGGCAGAGAGUCCACCCCGGAGCCCGUCAACUCGAAGCACUCAGACGAGCACGAUCAACGGCGCCGCACCGGCGGCACCAAGCACUGGGAAAUUCUGCCAAACUCCCCGGCGAAGGCGUCGGGCGUCGGGUCAGACCGCCGAGACCGGGACGUCCCGGUGCGCACGUUCUACUUCGGCAUGUCGAGCGAGGACGCGUCCUCGGCGGGUGCCGGGUCCGGGUCGGCCGGCCAGGGCCCCGGGGUGGUUGUCGGCGCGCGGGAGCGCGAGCGCGACCGGGAGCGGCGCACGGCCGAGGUGGAGCGCUUCGCGCAGGAGAUCAGGCGCGUCCCGGGGCCGGGAGCGCCCUCGGCCGGCCCCACGACCCACACCACCUCGGGCUCGGCCAGCAUGUCGAGCGAGGCGGAGCGCGAGGACGAGAACUUGGGUGGCAUCGCUCUCCAGUUGAGGCCGACGCUGCCCAAAAAGCGACUGGAAGUUCCUCGUUUUUCGCCGACGGCGGCGUGGCGCCAGCUGUCCUCGCUGGACGGGGGGCCACAGCCCGGCGGCCUGUAUCCGCUGCCCAUGCCGUUGUGCGCCGACGGCAGCCCAGCGAUCGACGGCGAGAACGAUGUCGUCGAGGAGCUGGAGGAACGGAUCCAUCGCAUGUCGCGGCCCACGGCGCCGCUGCCCGCCGGCGGCCUCCCGGGUCACCUGGCGCAUCCUGGUGGACUAGGUCACCCCGUGCGGGGCAUGGGCAUUGGCAGCCACGACAAGUCCGGCGACUCGGGCAUCUCCGGAGACGCGAGCCCCAUCGGCGGCCACGAGGACUCGUCCGAGGGGCUACAGGGCCUCCAGGGACUGCAGGGACUGCAGGGACUGCAGGGGCUGCCGAGGAAGGCGGGCCCAGCCAACAAGUCGCUCGUGGUGGCGUGGACGCCGCAGCAGGACCUGGAGGGCGACGAGGAGUCGAGCUCGGACGGCGACCUGGAGUCCCCCGUGUCUCCCCACGCGAGCCGGCUGGGACUGGGGCUGGGCCUCGGGCUGGGCCCCCACAGGACGCCGGGCCCCGCCAAGUUCUCCCCGCGGUCGCACCUGUUCUCGCUGUCCCUCCCCCGCGACAACCAGCUGUCGCAGUACAGCGCCGCGUUCGACGGCAAUAAGAGCUGGAGCGCGCUCACGCCGCCCGACGAGGCCUCCUUGUCCUUCCACAGCCUGCGCAACGUGCGCCGGUCCCUGGGGAUCGGCGGCCGCCGGGAGCAGGCCGACGACGUGGACUCGGGGGCGCCGGACCGCGGCCGGCCGCUGGACGGCAACUGGCUGCUGAGCCGCAGCGUGCCCAGCUCGCUCAACCUGCAGGCGCCCGAGGCGUGGCGCACCAGCCCCGGCAGCAGGGAGUCACCGUCCAGCCCGGACCGCGAGGACCGCGACCGCGCCGACCACGAGGACAACCUGUUCCGGGACGUGCUCAAGCAGCCCAGCUUCUCGUACCUGGCCACCGGCGGCCACGUCAUGUACCUCCCCGACUUCAGCAACAACAAGAGGUUCGGCGACCAGAGGGAGCGGUCGCGCAGCGCCGAGGUGAGCCGCAGCCGGGAGCGCGACCGGCCGCGGGACUCGGUGACCACGGGACUCCUCAACGGGCACCGGGCGCCGCAGCGCGAGAUGCGCGAGCUGGGCGGCAGCGCGCCGCCGUCGCCCUCGCACUCGCCCUCGCCCGACCAGCAGGCGCAGCCGGCGCCGGGGCCGCAGCGCGAGCGGCAGCAGCGGGACCGCUACCACGCCGACGUGCGCAAGGCCCUGGACCGCAAGCUGCGCCCCAAGCGCUUCACCUUCCAGAGCACGCUGCGCCAGAUCGAGCGUAGGCGCAUCGCCGAGAAGCUCUCCAAGGACGCCGAGCUAAAAGAGCAACAGCGGCUGAGCGAGCUGGAGGCCAUGCGGCGCGUGGAGGAGGAGUUCCAGCGGAAGCGCGCGCGGGAGAAGGCCAACAUCCGGCACCAGCUGCGCCUCUUCAACCUGGAGGAGCACAACGAGUCCGCCGGCCCGGGGCCGUACAGCUCGCUGCCCGUGGACUGGCGCUCCGUCGGCGAGGACGCGCCGCUCCCGGGGCCCAACAGGCACCGCGCCGAGCCCGACGGCGCGCCCGCGCCGGCCUCCCCCGCCUCCAACGGCAAGAUGGCCUCGGACCACAAGAGCUCGCCGGGCGGGCCGGGGAUGCCCGGCACCCAGGUGCUCAGCGAGUACCGCCAGAAUCAGAGGGAGUACAGGGACUACCGGCCGUCGAGCUGCAGAUUACUGGACCCCAGCCUGGAUUCAUUGCAUAGUGGAGCGGAGCCGAAUGCAGUGAAGAGGAAUACUGUACAUCCUGAGGCAGUAUUUGACAUACCCAAAAAUACUCCUGUCUAUGUGGCAAACCACCAUCACAAUUCAACCCCCGUCUCUGUUCUUGUUGAGUCUGAACGUGGAAUAUCCACCCCUCGAUCCUCUUCGUCGGACAACUAUCGACGAGAUUUUGCUCAUGGUACUGUGCCACUUGGUGGACGGUCCUUGGCGAGCUCUGACUCUGAGCUAUCACAGCCUAAUACAAGGCCAACUUCUCGACAAGGAGCAGGCUACUACAGGCCACAGCCACACCUACAGAGGAGCAGAUCGGCCAGUCCUCAAGGUAACCACAGCAGCUGUGAUUCAAACCCCUCCCUCAGCCGGCAAGGAAGUCUUCGUUGCAGUCCUGAGCCCCAGUUUGCUUUGUAUUCAAGAGAUAAUAGACCAGCUUCCCCAGGAAUAAAUGCUUUGCCCCUGUUGGAAAAAGCAGUGGAAAAGAAGCGUCAACAAAGUCCAAUAUCAAGUCCUCCUCGAAGUCGCAGUCUCACCCCAGUUCAAGACAUUGAUUCAGCCACUAGCUUUGCUAUUGAUGUAGACCAUGCUGAAAAAGUUCAGGAGAUUCCACCUUUAACAGACUCAAAAGAAAGUAACAAUCAGCAGGAGAAUAUUGAAAAACCUGAAGGAUCUACAAGUACAUUCCUGGGUCUUCAGCCAUUUGGCAGGAAUAAAAACAAAGGGUACCGACCAAUCAGUUUCAAUCCUUCAAACAGCAAACUUGCCCAGCCUGUAAGUUGAGUCAUCAAUUUUUUUCAGACCUGAUUGCAUUAAGAUUUUCACUGCAGAUGGAGGGGUGCAUAUUUUAGGUGUAGGAUCUGGUAGUAGUAUUAUUAAUUUGUUGUGAGGCUUCAUUUAGUAUCUGUUAGUGGAAAAUAUUGUCAGCUUUACAGCAUGAUUUAUCAUCCUGGUGAAUAUUUUUUUGAUUUUAUUUUCUCCCUUCUCAUCCUGUUCUUUUUAAUUGUACUAACGUUAUUUUUCAUGGUGACCUCUUCAAUCUUUAAUGCUGUAAAGUACAUCUAUGUACCUGAUCACUGAAUGUUAUUGUUGAUAAAUCUUUUUAUCUUUUCUGUUGAGUUGUUAAACAAGUUGUUUUCUGUUCUUUUAAGAAUCUUUAUUUAAACUGUUGAUUUUGUUCUACUUUAUGUUCUAGUUCUUAUCAUUUACUUUUCCAUUUUGGGGGAAUGACAUGCGUAACACCAAAUUAUUUUUUAGGAAACAUUUCUUUAAAGUUCGUUAUGUUUUUGUUUUGUCACUUUCUUGCAAAUUGAUGUCUAUGGAAAUUAUAAAUCAAAAUUGUGUACAAAAUUGUUGCCCUAUAAAAAUUUAUAUAGCCUGGUAUAGAAGCCACCAGGGCUCAGAAACAAAAAAAAAACAUUUAUUACAUCUUAUGAAAGACGUAGUUCUAUUUAAUUUAAUACUGUAUGAAUGUGAGCAGAUGUAUGUGUGGUGUUCUAUUGUGUCUUGGUAUUCUUUUUGUAAGAAUGCUUCUGUGGUAUGGUCAUUAAGACAAAAUUUGGUGCCAUUUUAAUAGAUGUAUGAAGGGAUGUACCAUAACAUACUUACAAGAGAUGAAUGGGCGAUCAUGACAUAUCAUGAUAUAUAUUUUAUUAUGACGGCAAGGAAUUGGUAAAAUUCAGAAAACAGACCAAAAGUAAAUUAUUCCUGUAAUAAUUUACUCUUUGAAACUUUAAGAUAAAUUACCUUGUUUGUCUUUAUGCCUGCUGGAAAGCACACAACCUGGGAGACCCACCAUACUGAAUACAGCAAAGUCCAUCCAGAUCUUGCUGAAUGCAAUCUUCUAAAUGUUAUUUGCCUUUUCCAGUCUUUAUUGAAAACAUAAUCUCACAAAAGUGAUGUGUGUGAAUUGCCCAUCUGCAUCCAGCUCAGAGAAACUAGUAUAUAAUUGUAUAGUACUACUGAAGGCUUCUUUUGUAUGCUAGUUUUAUACUUGCCUAUGUAAGUGGUCCCAUUGUAAGUAUGUAUUUAGAGAGAUGUAUCUAUGCAGUGUUGUAUAAACUGGACAUUGUAAUUAGAAAAUGCUCAAUUAAUUUGUAUUGGAAUAGAUAAUGCAAAAUGUAUUUAUGUACAGUACAGUUUGGGUCGAUAGAUUAUUUUCUGUAAACUUUGUACGUUGUAUAUGUAGCUGGUGUGUACUGUUUUACCUCAUAUUAAAAUGAAUUUCGAAA